GCCACAAUACUUCCAAGGCGCAUUCACGCAUGCCGCCAUUGCAGUAUCCGAACGGGUUUCGCCAGCAAGUUGUUAUUUUUUAAUUUUCGAAUUUCGAGUAAUAAAAAAGAGACAGUAAAAAGCAGAGGAAAAAAGAAAUUGAAAGUUUUGUGAUCUGUGAAACCAGUUGCGGUAUCGGAUCGGAUACCUACAUACUCGAGUAUUUACACCAGUGAAAAAUGAACAAAUUAUGGUGCUGGUUAGCAGUGUUAUUUGUGGCGUGGAGGCAAGCUAGCGGGCACGGUAGGCUGGUGGAGCCACCGUCGCGCGCCUCCGCCUGGAGGUACGGCUUCGACACACCGCACAACUACAACGACCAUGAGCUCUACUGCGGCGGCUUUUCCCGCCAAUGGAACAAGAAUGACGGCAAGUGCGGCAUCUGCGGCGACGCCUGGGACGCCCAGCUGCCGCGAGCUCACGAAUACGGCGGCAGAUUCUACAAGGGAGUCAUCGUCCGCAAAUACGCCCCCAAGGACGCAAUACAAAUCAAAGUGGAACUCACCGCUAGCCACAACGGCUUCUUCGAAUUCAGACUGUGCGACCAAUACAAAGGCACCACGCAGGAAUGCUUAGACAAGAACGUUUUGAAACUAGAUGGUAGGGAAGCUACCAAGUUUUACCCGAGAGACGGCAACAAAAUGUACGAAAUGAAGUACCGACUGCCGGAGGACUUUGAGUGCUCACACUGUGUACUGCAAUGGAGGUACAUAGCUGGUAACAAUUGGGGGAAGUGCGAGAACGGAACGGAAGCGGUUGGGUGCGGACCGCAGGAGGAGUUCAGGGCGUGCGCUGAUAUUGCUAUCGGAGAUAAAUUCGCCACGACUACAAGGAGGCCACGACCUCCUUACGUGCCACCGAACAGGAGACCGACUGUGCCGACUCCCGAACAAUCUACUGGCACUGCUUGGUAUGGCAUACUCGUCGCCAUUGUGGCGCUGUUCGUCGCGCUGGGCUUGCUCGCCGGAAUAUACUUAUAUUACUACCGCGGUGGUAUGAAGAUAAAGAGCCUGCUGAAAUCCAAAGUAUCCCAGCCCGCCCCAGUCCCACCACCGAGGCACAAACGUGCCUCGCUUUCAAGGGAACAACCGCCAGAACUAAUGCCUUCUAAGGUAGAUAAUUUACCUGAGUCCGGUUUUGAAACAGUGGAUCUACGUAUUAAAUGAUUCUAUUAGUCUUUGUUUAGUAGUUAAGUAUUUAAAUUUUCUAGAGGCUCCCAGAUAGGAUAAAUCACCUAACACUGCCUAUACAGUGAUAUUUUUAUUUGUGGUAUGUAAUGUAAGUAAAACAAACAUAGUUUUAGUGAAUGUAUGACGAUUGUAUGCGAGAUAUUUGAGUGAAAUAGUUGUAAGUUAG